AUGGUCGCCGACGCCCUCAUCUACCACCCGACGGUCGCGCACUACCUGCGCUACAUGGCCACAACCCUCGGUCGCGACAAGCUCAUGCGCGUCCUGCAGUACUUUGCCCGCUUCUACGCCUGGUACCUCCUCCGCACCAACGGCACCCCGGACAAGAUCGCCCCCUGGAACACCCUCAAGAAGCAGUUCGGCCUCAUGCGCAAGGUCUUCCGCGCUGGCAAGUUUGUUGAGCACUUCAAGGCCGCUGCCACCGCAAGCGACGCCAAGUCCAUGGACCCCGUCCUGCGCUACACCUCGGUCGGUCGCCAGCUGGGCUAUGCCGGUUACCUGACUUGCGAUGCCGCCACUAUUCCUGACGCUGUCGGCUUCCGCAAGUGGGAUCACGCCAAGCGCUUCCAGAAGGAGGCCUACCGAUUCUGGGCAAUCGGUAUCAUGUUCAGCAUCGUUGGUCAGCUGUAUACUCUGCGCCAGCUGAGCGUGCGAGCAUCCAAGGUGGAUCUGAAGGAGGGCGAGGGUGUUGUCGAGAGCAAGACCAUCUCCAUUGAGCGCGCCGCCGCCAAGAAGCAGCUCUUCUGCGACCUUUGCGAUAUCUGCGUUCCCGUCUCCGGUCUCGGCUGGGUCGGCUUCCUGGACGACGGCAUCGUCGGUCUGACCGGUACCCUUAGCAGUCUUAUCGGUGUUUACGGCCAGUGGAAGAAGACGGCGGCUUAA